GAGAAGCAGGAGAGAUGCGGAGUAAAGUGACGUCACGGCUCCUCUCGGCCCCUCCCCUCAUUCCACUCCCCCUUCCCGCCGUGGAGGCGCGCGCGCACAGUUUCUCUUUUUCCUCUCUAGUGAAACAGGAAAAACAACAAUAAAAAAAGAAGGCUGGACCUCACGAGACCGGGGAGAGGAAAGGCUUUUUGAUAAAGCAAAGAAAAUCUGUCACCAUGAACAACAGUUUCCUGAACAUGGCGUCGAUAGGAGCCUUCGACCCGCUGAACGCGACCAUUCCUGCCACCAAAGUUGAAAUCACCGUGUCCUGCAGAAACCUGCUGGACAUGGACACCUUCUCCAAAUCAGACCCAAUUUGUGUUCUCUACGCACAAGGGAUGGGCAACAAGGAGUGGAGAGAGUUUGGCAGAACGGAGGUGAUCGACAACACGCUGAACCCAGACUUCGUGCGGAAAUUUAUUUUGGAUUAUUUCUUCGAAGAGCGACAAAACCUCAGAUUUGACUUGUAUGAUGUCGACUCAAAGAGUGCCAACCUUUCAAAACACGACUUUCUGGGCCAGGCUCACUGCACUCUCGGAGAGGUGGUUGGAUCGCUGGGCAGUCGCUUGGAAAAACCUCUUGGAGGCAUUUCAGGGAAGAAAUGUGGGACCAUUAUUGUGAAAGCUGAGGAGCUGAGCAACUGCAGGGAAUCAGUGAUGAUGCAGUUGUGUGGAAACAAGUUGGACAAAAAAGAUUUCUUUGGCAAAUCGGAUCCCUUCCUGGUCUUCUACCGGAGCAACGAGGACGGCACGUUUACCAUCUGCCACAAGACGGAGGUGGUGAAGAACACGCUGAACCCCGUGUGGCAAGCCUUUAAAAUCCCCGUGCGAGCUCUUUGCAACGGCGACUACGACAGAACAAUCAAAGUUGAAGUUUACGACUGGGACAGAGACGGCAGUCAUGACUUUAUCGGAGAGUUCAGCACCAGCUACAGAGAGCUCUCCAGAGGACAGAGCCAGUUCAACAUGUACGAGGUGAUAAACCCAAAGAAGAAAGGGAAGAAGAAAAAUUACCAAAACUCUGGGACGGUAACGCUGCUGUCGUUCAUCGUGGACGUGGAAGUCACCUUUCUGGACUUCAUCAAAGGAGGGACUCAGAUAAACUUCACCGUGGCCAUCGACUUCACAGCCUCUAAUGGAAACCCAGCCCAGCCCACCUCRCUCCACUACAUGAACCCCUACCAGCUGAAUGCUUACGGCAUGGCGCUGAAGGCCGUCGGAGAGAUCAUUCAGGACUAYGACAGCGACAAGAUGUUUCCCGCGCUGGGCUUUGGAGCCAAACUCCCCCCCGACGGACGAGUAUCUCAUGAAUUUGCCCUGAAUGGAAACCCCCAGAACCCAUAUUGUGCAGGUAUCGAUGGAGUGAUGGAUGCCUACUACCAAAGUCUGAAAUCAGUUCAACUCUACGGACCCACUAACUUCUCCCCUGUGAUCAACCACGUGGCCAGGUAUGCAGCCUCUGUAAAAGAUGGCUCUCAGUACUUCGUCCUCCUCAUCAUCACAGACGGCGUCAUCUCAGACAUGGCGCAGACUAAAGAGUCCAUCGUUAAUGCCGCCAGCUUGCCGAUGUCCAUCAUCAUUGUAGGGGUAGGACCUGCAGAGUUUGAUGCCAUGGUUGAGUUGGACGGUGAUGAAGUCAGAAUCUCAUCCAGAGGAAAAUUUGCUGAGAGAGACAUCGUUCAGUUUGUUCCAUUCAGGGACUACAUCGACCGAGCUGGGAGCAGCAUCCUGAGCAUGGCCCGGCUCGCUAAAGACGUCUUGGCCGAGAUCCCGGACCAGUUCCUCUCCUACAUGCGGACCCGUGGGAUAAAGCCUUCGCCAGCGCCGCCCCCCUACACGCCUCCGGGACAGCCUAUCCAAACCCAGAUUUAAAGAGACGAGGUUUUUCAAAUUUGUGUGUGAGGGAUAAAACAAACAAACAAAACAAAACAAACCCAACAAAACAAAGUCUCGCAGUCAGGUGUUUGCAGAACUUUGCGCUCAAAAUACUUCCAUUUCCUUAAAGCCGCUCUCCAUGCCUCGUCGUCGUGGAUCACAGUGGUCUUUCUCGUGUUCAGGAAGCUGCACGUCAGGCCAGGACCGAAGCGCUUUAGUGGGAGGGGGGGUUUCAAUCCAGCAAGAGUCUGUUUACUUCCACUGUUAAGCAUUCCUGUAACGGUUUGGAUUUUGAAUUAAUUUUUUUGUUUCCACCCUGGGGACACCUGGAACGGCUUCAGCUGGUAGUUAGAAGCGUUGUUUGAAAGUUUUAAGAGGGACCUUUCUUUGGACAGAUUGUAAAGAGAAUGUCUUUAGACAAACAGAGGAAUCACUUGAACAUUAACUUCUGUUAAAAAACUCGUCUUUCUCUUUCCAACUCACUCACUGUUUACAGCUAAAGCUACGAAGGGAUUUUUACUGUUGAUACUUUUAUAUACAUAUAGUUUCAUUAUGACGGUUGUAAUACUCUUUGUCUCUCCUGGCGUUGGUGUCAGGUAGCAGCAGUGCAGGUCCUGGUAGCCCUUCUGUACCGUACCGUACCGUGCCGUACCGUACCGUACUGUAUAUUCUGGUGUUUGAACCUUUUUUGCAUGAGUGUAGCCUCAGUCAAGUGCAUGCAAGCGGUGGCCCUGCACUACCUCUUCCAUUCAUACGUUUGUCUGUGGGACGUGAGYGCGCUCCUUCCUCACUUUGCCCCGCCCCUCUGGCCUGUCUUCAUCGUCCUGUCUUUGUCUCGCUCUCAGUAGCUGGAUUUCCAUCCAACUCUACUUUAUUUAAAAAGAGUAUUAAUAGUGUAAAUCCCCUCCCAGGAAGUGGUUUAUACAUUUGAUAGUACAUGCGUAGGUACAGCGGGACCAGAACCGUUCAUGCCUAGUACCUGAAAAGUAUUUAUCUGCUACGUACCAGGUUCAAACCAGGUAUGUAUGAAGACUGGGUUGUGUCAUGAAAGGAUUUGUUAGCUUGUAUUUACAAAGUAUGUACUUGCUGCUUACUUUGUACAAACCUAGUUCCUUUUGAGUAUUUAAUUAGUACAUACCAGAUACCUACAAGGACCAGGCUAUUUUAUGAAAUUACUUGCUCUCUUGUACUUAGUCUUAGUACUUACUGGUAUGUGGAUCCUACCAGAUAUAUAACUGCUACUUACUGGGUACGUACUGAGUACUUGAUGUGUAUCCAUUACAUACCAGGUACCUAUCUAGUUCUUACUGGGUACUUACCUAGUACAUACCAGGUACCUACAAGGACUAGGCAAUUUAUGAAGUUACUUGCUCUCUUGUACUUAGUCUUGUACCUAGUACUAACUGGGUACUAGUAUGUGGAUCCUACCAGAUAUAUAACUGCUACUUACUGGGUACUUACUGAGCACUUGGUGUGUAUAGGCCUGUCGCGAUAGUCAAUAAAUCAAUUAAUUGCACGAUAAGUUAUUUUGAGGUCGGUAAAAAAAAUGAGGAC